UCAUUUAUAAUAAAUACAUUUUGUACAUUAUCCUACCAUUGCCUACUGUCUUAUGUCCGUCCGUCCGUCAACAAUUUCUUGUCUGCACGAUAGUGGUUUCAUUUAUGAUUUUAUUUUAACCAAACUUGCACACAACUUGUAUAACCAUAAGAUCUCGGUUCCUUUCUUGAACUGGCGAGAUUCCAUAAUGGGUUCCAGAGUGAUGGCCCCUGAAAGGGCCAGAAUUAGCUAUUUUGACCUUGUCUGUACAAUAGCAGCUUCAUUUAUGAUUUGAAUUUAAUCAAACUUGCACAAAACUUGUGUCACCAUAAGAUCUCGGUUCUUUUCUUGAACCGGCCAGAUCCCGUAAUGGGUUCCAGAGUUAUGGCCCCUGAAAGGGCCAAAAUUAGCUAUUUUGACCUUGUCUGCACAAUAGCAGCUUCAUUUAUGAUUUUAUUUUAACCAAACUUGCACACAACUUGUAUCACCACAAGAUCUUGCUUCCUUUCUUCAACUGGCCAGAUUCCAUCAUGGGUUCCAGAAUUAUGGCCCCUUGAAGGUCCAAAAUUGGCUAUUUUGGCUUUUGCAGCCAUAUAGAGACUUCAUUUAUGGUUUUAUUUGAUACAAACUUCCAAAAUACCUUCAACAACAAGAAAUCUUGGAUUCCAUGACAAAUCAGAUCCAAUCAUAGGUUCCAGAGUUAUUUUAUAUCUGAUUACCUCCCCUGAUUGUAAUCAAAAUGAAUUUAUAUCAGUAAGUACUUACAGGACUUAUUUGAAAUUUCAUUAUUGUUAUUAGUUGGACUGAGACAAUCAGGGUAGAUAACUAUGGACUGAUUUUAUGUCAAAUUACCUCCCUUUAUUUCAAAUUAAAAUUGUUAUAUCUCCAUAACUAAUGAAGAUACUGAUCUGAAAUUUCAUUUAUGUCAACAUAUUUAUUUGGCAGAUCCUUCUUUUGUCCACUUACAAAAUUUUGUUUUUAAUUACUUCCCUUUUACGUUACUAUAAAUAGCUUAUUUUUAGUAACUUUUUUUAUUAUUGGCCGUAGGGAAAACACGAGACCAGUUUUCUGUGGUACAACAUGGAUGGUACCUCCAAUUUUUAGGUGUAUUUUAAAAUAUCUAUACCUUGUAAGAUUUUUUUUUCUUUUUGGUUAAAUUUCUUCCCUUUGUUGUUACUGUCCUUUGGACUUAGAUAUUUUUUCUGAGGACCUUCUUGUCCUCAAGUGCAAUGAUAACAGGUGAGCGAUAUAGGGCCACCAUGGCCCUCUAGUUUUUAGAUUACCAUUAUUUGCAUAAGCCAGAGAUUAACUCCGCCCCUCCAUGUAAAAAAAAAACACACUUUAGGCUAGCUCAUAUUACUCAGGUGUACGAUCCAGGGUCAUCAUGACUCUCUUGUUUAUUAAUGUUCAGCAUCUAAGGAUAUAAAUUAUUAUAGAAACCUGCUAACCUUUACUUUUGUAUUCACAGGUUUGUCAAACAAAUUGUCAACCAAGUGAUAAAGAAUCUUUGUCGUCAGAAAUGGAGGUUGGACUGUCCCUAGAAGAAAUCUCUACAGAAGAUGAGCUUGGAAUCUCACUUUGUGAAUCGCAAUCUAGUAUGUCAGAUGAUGAACAAUAUUCACCUCAAUAUCAUUUUGGUAACACUUUGUCAGUGAUACUUCCUGAGCGAGAACCUGUAGAUGAAGUCCCAUGUUCUAAUGAACUCACAAUAGAGUCUAACAUUGAUUUCGGUCCCUCAAGAGAUCGUGAAAAACAUUCAUCAACUGAAGAUGAGCUUGGAAUUUCUUUAGAAAGUUCUUCAAGUGACGAACUUGGUAUUUCACUGGAUGACAUGUCAGACUAUCCUGAUGAUUGCUUUAAUGCACAGACAUCCUUUCAAGCAGCAGAUGUGAUGGAUUACGAAACAGUGAGAGCUAAAAUAAGACCACCAAACCAUGUCAACCAUUUCUUACCAUCUGAAGUAAGCAGUGGGAAAAGGAUGAAAAGCAAAGCAUUAAGUCUCCUCAGUAUUAAAAGUGCUCUUAGUGAAAAAUGUUUAUGUGGUAAACAAUGUAUUAAAAAGGUGACUUUUAAGAGUGUACGAGAACUAAGACAGUCAUUUUGGACAAACUCUAGAACGGUACGGAUGCAACUGCUCAAAUACUACAUAUCACAUUCCACAACUUCUGGGAAAUUUAAAUAUAUUCCUAUUUCUUCCAAUUUGCAAGUUUGUUCUAAAGCAUUUCUGAUAAUAUACAGAGUGAACAAAAAUACUUUUUCACGUGCUAUUGACAUGGACAGACGUGAUGUAGCUUCAUUACCUGGUAAAAAACCAAGAGAUUCUAGUGAAAAAACACUAAUUUUGAUAAAUUGGCUAGAAGACUAUGGUACAUAUCACGGAGACAGAAUGCCUGAUUCUGGAGAUGUUCUAUUGCCAUACAGAACAAAAAAGACCUCAUUGUUUGAAAAGUAUAAACUGGAAAGUGCCCAGUGGUCCUAUCAAGCAGUUAGCAGAACACAGUUCUACAAAACAUGGGAUACCUAUUUCCCUCAUAUGAAAAUAAAAAAGGUAAAAAUGAAUUGCAAAUAUUGCAAUCUUAAGUAGCUUUAGAACUUUUUAAUAUUUUAAGUUAAUAUACAUAAAUCUCUGACAAAACUUUAUCAUUAAUUAAUCUG